AUGUACUUUCCAGUGCUUGUCGCUCUAUCGCUAGUAAGCUAUGUCAGUGCAGUUUGGCCACAAAAGUUGAAGCAGGAUGAAAGUGCUGCUCUCGACAUUGUGAUGCGAAUGUCUGAAUUGACUUUGAAAGACCUGAUCUACUUAAUGAAUCUCCAGUUUUGGGGUUAUGUUGGUGAUGAGAUCUUGGAGAGGGCAAAAGAUAAUAAAGAACUUUACGAAAAAAUGCUAGAGUUCAGAGCAAGAUAUGAUCGCCUUUCUCAAACAGCUCAAGCAUAUGUGAAUGAGGCUUUCGAUAUGGCCAUGAAACAUGCGCGUUCUUUCAAUUACGACCAAUACUUCAAGCCUGAGCUGCUAGCUGAAGCUAGAUAUCUGGUCAUGAAGAUAAAGAAUCUCGAAGUUUACGAAGAGUUACUCGAAGCUUUCCCCAAUCUUGAGGCUGAAGCUACUGCUUGGGACUUGCUGCCCUGAAGCUGGCCAACUUUGAACUGUUCCG